UGGUCUACCAACAUUUAAAACGAGGAAGUGAGAGGUCUGUUGUGUGUUUUGACAGCAAAAUAUUUUACGGUAGACUUUUAUCAAACGACUUAAGAGGAAUUCAUGCCGAGAACGUAUAUAUCGGAUUUGGGGCUGCCGAUGACGAAUGCCGAAGAUAUUGUUAGGGACCGCCGAUCGGUUUUUGUUCUUUGCGUCUUACAAAUGCUGGUUGAUGCAAAGUGUUAGCAAAGACAAAAAACUAUUUCACUCAAGAAAUAACUACGGGCAAAAGUAGGGAUUUACGCUGAGUAAGUAGUAAGUGUCUUGAGUGGUUCCAACUGGUCCAUCAGCCUUUCAAGUGAGUGGCUGUUAUUGUCGUGCACUGACUGAAGUGAUCCCGCAUAAACUCAACUGACAGCAGUACAGGCCGGAUACAAGAUGCCUCUGUUCUUCAGAAAGAAGAAACCCAGCGAUGACGCCCAGAAGAGAAUUGAAUAUCAGCUGUGUCGGUCAAAAGAAGCAGGUGCUGAUGACAUCCUGGACAUCUCAUCUUGCGAGCUGUCAGAGGUUCCUUCGAGCGCCUUUUCGAUUUGCAAAGUUCUUCAAAAGAAAGUCCUCCUCUUACACAGCAAUGAGCUCAAGUCACUGCUUCCCAAAGGAAAUGAUAUCAUCUCUCUUGUCACUCUCAAGGUUUUGGAUUUGCAUGAUAAUAAGAUAAAUUCGCUCCCAGAAGACAUCGGGAAGCUGACGUCUCUGCAGAUUUUGAAUGUGGAGAAGAAUCGAUUAAAGGUCCUUCCAGACUCCAUUGGGGAUCUAAAGCACCUGCAGACGCUCAAUUUGAAAGGCAACUGCCUCAGUGAACUACCAACGACAAUUCGCUCUCUGUGCAGUUUACGCACUCUAGACGUGAGUGACAACCUCAUCAUCCAGAUUCCCAAAACCUUUGCUUACAUCCGCACCCUGGAGAAUCUCAUACUGGAUGCAGCUACAAUGACCUUUCCUCCUGCAUCUGUGUGUGGGGAAGGUACAGCGAGCAUCCAGCACUUCCUGUGCUCUGAGCUAGGCGAGGAGUACUGCCCUCCAUCCCAGUAUCUUCUCCCUGUUCUGGAAAGUGACGGUGGUAAACAAAACUCUGACUGUGUGGAUGCUUUGGAUGAGGCCUGGCAGAAUAAAUUCAGUGACUAUGAGAAGAGAAAGAUUCAAAAGCAAGAGGAAAAACUGGCCAUAGAGCGACACAGAGAGGAGAAACAAAAUGAACACACCCAGCUUCUACUCAUGAACACCACUCGUAAAGUAAAUAUUCUCAACUCAGUCCGACAGGAGCAGGAGCGUUUGGAGCAGGGGUUCUCCCAGCAGCAGCGAGCCCAGGAUUCUGAGAGGUUACUGUUGUUAGAAAAAGUGAAACACGCUGAAAAUGACAUCAGCAGUCGCAUCAGUAACAUGCUGUUAGAUGACAACAGGCAGAAAAAGAGUGCUGAGUUUCUCCAAGCCAUGGAAGAAGAUCGGAUCCGUAUGGAACAUCUGACUGCCAUCACACAGGAAGAAGCCAACUCUCUGAGAAAGAGAGAGGUGGCCACGGCCAUGCAAAAAAUGCUGACAGACAGCUGUGCUGUGAGCCUCCUUCAAGAAGCCAGCGACUAUCGUCGAAAGAGCUUGAUGUCUGAGACCUACAGAAGUAUGGAGAAUCUGGAGAAGAAGUUUGAUAAGAUGCUGUCCAUCCAAGUUCUGGAUAAAUCUAAAGCCAUUGCCCAGAUCCUACAGGAGGAGGAGAUGCAGAAAGCAGCGUUUCAAGCACUUCAGCUGCAGAAAGAUUCUGUCCAUGGUUAUAUCCGCAACCAGAUCAAGCUUAUUGAGGGUGAAUUAUUGCAGCUGACAAAACUUGAAGUUAAAAGACGCAAUCUGGAUGCUGAGACUCUGCAGGAAGUGCUUGUGGACCAGCGGACAAGUCUUGGUGAUUUGUUGCAACAACUGCUGAAACAGAAGCACCAGAGAGAGCAAGAACUACUGCAAGUUCUGGCGGAAAUGGAGCUGAAGGCAGAGUCCACCCAGCAAAACUACUGGAUGAUUCAGUACCAGAGAUUGCUAGAUGCCAAGCCAUUAUCACUGCGAAUGCAGGAAGCUGGUGUGGAAAAAGAGUUAGUAAAUCUACUGUGCAAACUGUCGGCACAGCAUUACUUGCCCAUCAUGGCUCACCAUCGUGUGACUACCGAGGCCCUUCGCCACAUGAACUCAUCUGACCUCAAGAAGCUCGGGAUUACUGAAGGUGGCAUCCAAAAAGCUCUUCUGAACUGGGCUCAAGAACGCAAGCCUGAAGGUGCAUGUAAGGUGGUGGAGCAGAGCGAAGAAGUUCCCGCUCCAGAGUCGUCUUCUUCCUUCUUUCCAUCAGUUCCCAACACCUCCAGCACUAUGAUCCCAAGCCCGCCACUCACUCCGGGUACCCCCGUCACACCAUCAGCCCCGAGCCCAGUGGAGGGACCAGGAGGCUCCGAAUGUGUGGUCUGCAUGGAGACAGGGGCUCAAGUCAUAUUUCUGACAUGCGGCCAUGCUUGCUGUUGUCAGGUCUGUAGUGACGCCCUCCUAAACUGCCCACUGUGUCGAGGCACCAUAUCACAGCGCAUACGGCUUUAUCAUAGUUAGAAGCAAAUGUGGCUUAGUGACUUUUUUUUCCUUAAACAUGCAUGAUGACAAUGCUGCUGUGAGUUCAUGUGUAGACACCCUCUGAGUAGGUUUUCGAAAUGCUGAGGCACUUUGUUGUAUUAACCAAAAGGUUUAUGCUGCAUUACUGGGCGAAAUUGUUUUUUAUUAUUAUUUCAUGCCUAAUUCCUUUAAUAGUUGUUUAAAUUGAUUUGUUUUUACUUCUGUACACAUUGUGCCUUUUUCUGAAAAUAGAUUAUUUGCUUCUUUAUAGUACCUUUUAUUUCCGUAAACCAAAAUAACAUACCCACCUAUGUAGAUCCAACUAACACUGACCAACCAUAACAUUAUGAGCACUUGUGCAAUGUAAUAUCCAAUCCAAGAAAUUUGUCUAAUAUUCUACUUCAACAGAGAUCAUUAUUGUUGUCAUUGUUUGCUGUUGCGUAAAAAUGUACUGAGAGCUGUACUGUACCUAAUAUUCAUGACACAUUACUGUUUGGGUUAACCAAAAUAUCAGACAGAGCUCUCAUUUUGAUGAAAAAUAUUUUUACACAACUGCAAACUAUAACCAGAAUAAUAAACUCACUCAAUUGAAUAUGUCUUUGACAGUGUCCAUCCUAAGCAUUAUAUAUUGUAACUGUAGUUGCACAAUAUUUGGUAGCUCUUUUGUUUCGAAUAGCAUAUUGUGCUAGUAGUCAUUAUGUUGUGCUCCUAUGGGUAAUUUACUAUAUGCUGUAGAUUAUGACAUCCACUUGCCUCAGUUUUAUACCGUAUGCAAGACUAUAUGGCUUGCUAAAUAUUAAACAGGAUUAUUUUAACUAUUGUCCUUUUUGGGGGGGGACAAUUUUGAGAGGUUAAAUUGGCCAUGUAGCAGUUUUUGACCUUGAUGGUUUAACCGCCAGUUCCGCUGUAAGGAAGAAUUUAAGCCUUUCAGUCAUUAUGUUGUGUUGUCACUGUGAAUUUCCAGAAUACGGGAUAAUGGAUUACUCUCAUAAAUUGAUUGAAUAUACAAACUUUGGGAGGUAUUUUUUUUAUAUUUACUUCUUUACACACGAUAAAGUGUGCAAAACAGACGUUAGAUAUCACUUGAUUCAUAAAUUAUACAGUAAUAGUUAUUUUAAUAUUUAUUCGUCAUUCUUUUUCCAUUUGGACGAUUUUAUUGAGAUAGCAGUCCUGUACUUAUACUGAUACUACAUCUAUGUAUACUGACGAUGACUCUCAGAGGUUACAGCUGGUUAUUCCUAGCAUUUCUUCUAUUUUCAACAAAUUCGGAGCAGGGAAAAAGCACCUUAAAAAAGUUACGCUUGCUGGUAUGUAGUGCUUUAGUGAUUAGUGUAUUCAUUCUUGUAAAACACACAAACAUUCUGUUAACUGUAAACCAACCAACUAGGAAUUAACACUGAUAUUGUGCACCCUGCAGUCCCCUGUAUUGGGAAGGACUUGCAAUAGUUCUGCCAGCAAGGCCCUCCAGCCUUAUUCAUGUUUUGGACAAUUGACACUUUUAUUUUCUAUAUUUUAUGUGUGAUGCACAUUGCUGGCGUCAGGCGGAAUCUUCGUAUCUCCAAAACAAUCACUUUUCAGGAGACCCCAAAAUUCACAGGUUAGUUCAACUAUUAGCAUUGUAUAUUGAAAACACUUUAGAAUGGUCAAUAAUUUGUAAAGGUAACAUCUACGUGUCAGGAAUCAGAAUUGCCCAAAAAGUAUAGCAUUUUGAAAGAAUAUGAAAUUCACCAAAAUGUGACUUAUGAGGUUUUGGGCCAACGCCAGCGAUAUAUAUGGACUAACAAAUCCUGUUUGCAGCCAUCACUAACUGUUAUAAUCUCUGAAGUGCUCUUACAUACAUGUAACAUGUCAAAAUAUGGAAUAAAAAUAUAAACCACUUUCUUUUACUUCACGUGUAAUCGAUGUAUAUAUAUCUAUGUUGCUGUUAUAAUAUUGGAAAUUAAUUGAUGAGCAUCAUCAAUAAAAUGUUAAUGGGU